UCCAAGUGAUAUUCACCAUUGCUCAUGAGUCUGCUUAUAUUCUUACCAUGGGCCACUUCUCUUUCCACACAAAGUGGAUGAUCAGGCCCUGACCUUGAAAUAGCCAACCUGCCUUGGUUGAGAAUCAAAACUUCUCUGGAGCUCUGCCACUCUUAUGAUUUAUUCCUGAGUCUGGUGCUCAGCUUUUUCUGCAUCUGCUGUAAGAGCAUCUAGACUUGCCGUAGAUCAAGUUACCAACUGCUUUCAUUGUGAUUAUUUAUUCCCAGCUGCUGUUUGAGACACUCUAUGAAGUUAUGUGGAAAUGAGAGAGAGUCAUGAAACCCUUUUGCCCGGAGAGAAUGUCCUUCAUAAAUGGAGCUUUGCUUCUGGUUUUCACGGGACUGUGACACGGCGGUGGAGCCAUGGCUGCCCUGCCUGCUAUUUUCAAUAAUUCACAGAACAUCUGAACAGAGAUGCUUGCCUUGAAUUUACAGAUUUCCAUCCCGGUACCUUGUUUACUUCUUUGGGGCAGAAAAGCUUGCACUAAUUGCUCUCCAUGGUGGCUAAUCUUUUCAAGACCCUGAUUUUACCUUACAUACAUAAGCUUUGCAAAGGAAUGUUUACAAAGAAAUUGGGAAAUACAACCAAAAAAAAAGAGAAUCAUCCGCAGAAAAAGGAUCAAGACUUUCCCACUCCUGGCCAGACCAAAACCCCCAAAUUUUCUAAUACCUUAAAAAGCACUGUAAAGAAGAUUGCAAAGUGUUCAUCUACUCGCAACUUAUCCACCGAAGAGGAGGGGGUUAAUAAAGAGUUUUCCCUCUCGCCAACAUUCAGUUACCGAGUAGCGAUUGCCAAUGGCCUCCGAAAGAACAUUAAUGUAACCAAUGGUGAUAAUGAGGAUCAGCUUCAAGAGUUCUCUUCAAUUGAGAGUUCCUAUUCGGAAUCACUCAAUGAACUAAGGAGUAGUACAGAAAACCAGGUGCAACCAACACUCACAAUGCCAGUUAGACGCAAUAGAAAGAGUUCAAGCAGCCUGGCCCCCUCUGAGGGCAGCUCCGAUGGAGAACGCACUCUGCAUAGCUUGAAACUAGGAGCGUUACGCAAACUGAGAAAAUGGAAGAAGAGUCAGGAGUGUGUCUCAUCAGAUUCAGAGUUGAGCACAGUGAAGAAAACCUGGGGAAUAAGAAGUAAAUCUUUGGACAGAACGGCACGAAACCCAAAGACAAAUCCCCUGGAACCAGGUUUCAGUUCCUCUGGGUGCAUUAGCCAGACACACGAUGUCAUGGAAAUGAUCUUUAAGGAACUUCAGGGUAUAAGUCAGAUCGAAACAGAACUUUCUGAGCUACGAGGGCAUGUCAAUGCUCUCAAGCAUUCCAUCGAUGAGAUCUCCAGCAGUGUGGAGGUUGUACAAAGUGAAAUCGAACAGCUACGUACAGGGUUUGUCCAGUCUCGGAGGGAAACCAGAGACAUCCAUGAUUAUAUUAAACAUUUAGGUCAUAUGGGUAGCAAGGCAAGCCUGAGAUUUCUAAAUGUGCCUGAAGAAAGAUACGAAUACGUUGGAAGUGUGGUAUAUCAAAUUCUAAUAGAUAAAAUGGGUUUCUCAGAUGCACCAAAUGCUAUUAAAAUUGAAUUUGCUCAAAGGAUAGGGCACCAGAGGGACUGCCCAAAUGCAAAGCCUCGACCCAUACUUGUGUACUUCGAAACCCCUCAGCAAAGGGAUUCCGUCUUAAAAAAAUCCUACAAACUCAAAGGGACAGGAAUUGGAAUCUCAACAGAUAUUCUUACUCAUGAUAUAAGAGAAAGAAAAGAGAGAGGGAUACCGUCCUCCCAGACAUAUGAGAGCAUGGAUAUAAAGCUGUCUACUCCAGAGCCCAAAAGCAAGAAGAACAAUUGGCAGUCACCUGAUGACAGCGAUGGAGAGCUGGAACCUGACCUCAAUAGAAACAGUUACGCUGUGCUUUCCAAGGCAGAGUUUCCAACAAAAGGAAGUACUUCCAAGUCAAGUUCAAAAUCACACAACGCUAGAGCCAAGAAUAAAACUGCGAGUAGCAGCAGAAUUUCAAAUAAAUCUGAUUAUGAUAAAAUUUCCUCACAAUUGCCAGAAUCAGAUAAUUUGGAAAAACAAACUGCAACCCGUUAUGCAGAUGCUACACCCCUCUGGCACUCACAGAGCGAUUUUUUCACUGCUAAACUUAGUCGUUCUGAAUCAGAUUUUUCCAAACUGUGUCAGUCUUACUCGGAGGAUUUUUCAGAAAACCAGUUUUUUACUAGAGCUAAUGGAAGCUCCCUCCUGUCAUCGUCAGACCGGGAACUUUGGCAGAGGAAACAGGAGGGCACACCUACCUUGUAUGACAGUCUGCAGGAUCAGCGUUUGAAUGGGGCCAUGGAAGGUGUCCAAGGGCAGAGUGAAAUCGGGAACACAGAAACUGUGGAUAGUGGAAUGAGUAAUGGCAUGGUGUGUGCAUCUGGAGAUCAAAGUCAUUACAGUGAUUCUCAGUUCUCUUUGCAGGAGGAUCUUUCUCCUUGGAAGGAAUGGAAUCAAGCAGAGCAUGGAGCUGACUUAGGUUUGGAUUCAUCCACCCAGGAAGCUCUUGACUAUGACACAAACAGUCUAUCUGAUCAACAGCUAGACGUUUAUAAUAAAGACCUAGAAGACUUGGGAAAGUGCCACAGUGAUGUUCAGGAUGACUCUGAGAGCUAUGAUUUCACCCAAGAUGACAACUCAUCUCCGUGCCCUGGGUUGGAUAAUGAACCACGAGGCCAGUGGGUUGGCCAGUAUGAUUCUUAUCAGGAAGCUAAUUCUAAUGAGCUGUACCAAAAUCAAAACCAAUUGCCCAUGAUGUAUGGAAGUCAAAGUGAAUUGCAAAGUGAUGACUCAGAGGAUGCCCCACCCAAAUCGUGGCACAGUAGAUUAAGCAUUGACCUUUCUGAUAAGGCUUUCAGCUUUCCAAAAUUUGGAUCUACAUUACAGAGGGCUAAAUCAGCCUUGGAGGUGGUAUGGAACAAAAGCACCCAGAGUCUCAGUGGGUAUGAAGACAGUGGCUCUUCCUUAAUGGGGAGAUUUCGGACAUUAUCCCAAUCAACUGCAAAUGAAUCAAGUACCACCCUUGACUCUGACGUCUACACAGAGCCUUUUUACUACAAAGCAGAGGAUGAGGAGGACUAUAGUGAACCAGUGGCUGAUAACGAGACAGAUUAUGUUGAAGUGAUGGAACAAGUCCUUGCUAAGCUAGAAAAUAGGACUAGUAUGACUGAAACAGAUGAGCAAAUGCAGGUAUAUGAUCACCCUUCAUAUGAAACACCCUAUGAAACUCCACAAGAUGAGGGUUAUGAUGGGCAGGGAGAUGAUGUGGUUAGUGAAGAGGGAUUGGAACCCUUAAAUGAAACAUCAGCUGAAAUGGAAAUAAAAGAAGAUGAAAACCAAAACAUCCCUGAACAGCCAGUGGAAAUCACAAAGCCAAAGAGAAUCCGCCCCUCUUUCAAAGAAGCAGCUUUAAAAGCUUAUAAGAAGCAAAUGGCAGAACUGGAAGAGAAGAUCCUGGCUGGAGAUAGCAGUUCUGUGGAUGAAAAGGCUCGAAUAGUAAGUGGCAGUGAUUUGGAUGCUUGCAAAUUCUCUGGACUCCAGGUGAUUGGUGGGGCUGGCCGAGGACUUUAUGGCAUUGACAGUAUGCCAGAUCUCCGCAGGAAAAAGACUUUGCCUAUUGUGCGAGAUGUGGCUAUGACUCUGGCUGCCCGGAAAUCUGGACUCUCCCUGGCUAUGGUGAUUAGGACAUCACUAAACAAUGAGGAACUGAAAAUACAUGUCUUCAAGAAGACUUUGCAGGCACUGAUCUACCCCAUGUCCUCCACUACCCCCCACAACUUCGAAGUUUGGACGGCAACUACACCCACCUACUGUUACGAGUGUGAAGGGCUCCUGUGGGGCAUUGCUCGUCAAGGCAUGAAGUGUUUGGAGUGUGGAGUGAAGUGCCACGAAAAGUGUCAGGACCUCCUAAAUGCUGACUGUUUGCAGAGAGCAGCAGAAAAGAGUUCUAAGCAUGGUGCUGAAGACAAGACUCAGACCAUUAUUAUGGCUAUGAAAGAAAGAAUGAAGAUUAGGGAGAAAAACAGGCCAGAGGUGUUUGAAGUCAUUCAGGAAAUGUUUCAGAUUUCUAAAGAAGAUUUUGUGCAGUACACAAAAGCGGCCAAGCAGAGUGUACUAGAUGGGACAUCUAAGUGGUCAGCUAAAAUUACCAUUACAGUGGUUUCGGCACAAGGCUUACAGGCAAAAGACAAAACAGGGUCGAGUGACCCAUAUGUAACUGUUCAAGUGGGAAAGAACAAAAGAAGAACCAAAACCAUUUUUGGAAAUUUGAAUCCAGUAUGGGAUGAGAAGUUUUAUUUUGAGUGCCAUAACUCCACAGAUCGAAUCAAAGUCAGAGUGUGGGAUGAAGAUGAUGACAUUAAAUCCAGAGUGAAGCAACAUUUCAAAAAGGAGUCAGAUGAUUUUUUGGGACAAACAAUUGUAGAAGUGAGGACCCUGAGUGGAGAGAUGGAUGUCUGGUACAACUUAGAGAAACGGACAGAUAAGUCAGCUGUGUCUGGGGCCAUUCGAUUGAAAAUCAAUGUGGAAAUAAAAGGAGAGGAGAAGGUUGCCCCAUAUCAUAUACAAUAUACGUGUUUACAUGAGAAUCUGUUCCAUUACUUGACUGAAGUGAAGUCUAAUGGUGGAGUGAAAAUCCCAGAGGUCAAAGGGGAGGAAGCCUGGAAGGUUUUCUUUGAUGACGCUUCCCAAGAAAUAGUCGAUGAAUUUGCCAUGCGUUACGGGAUUGAAUCCAUUUAUCAAGCUAUGACGCACUUCUCAUGUCUGUCUUCUAAAUACAUGUGCCCUGGUGUCCCUGCCGUCAUGAGUACCUUGUUGGCAAAUAUAAAUGCUUUCUACGCUCACACGACAGUUUCAACAAACGUGCAAGUUUCGGCCUCAGAUCGAUUUGCUGCUACCAACUUUGGUAGGGAAAAAUUCAUAAAACUACUGGACCAAUUGCAUAACUCUUUAAGGAUUGACCUGUCAAAGUAUAGGGAAAACUUUCCUGCCAGCAAUGCUGAACGGCUACAAGACCUGAAAUCAACUGUUGACCUGCUGACAAGUAUCACCUUUUUUAGGAUGAAGGUUCUGGAGCUGCAAAGCCCCCCAAAGGCCAGCAUGGUGGUGAAGGACUGUGUUAGAGCGUGCCUGGAUUCUACAUACAAAUAUAUUUUUGACAAUUGCCAUGAACUCUAUUCUCAGCUAAUAGACCCGAGUAAGAAACAGGACAUUCCUCGGGAAGAUCAAGGACCGACCACCAAGAAUUUGGAUUUUUGGCCCCAGCUGAUUACACUGAUGGUCACUAUUAUUGAUGAGGAUAAAACUGCGUACACACCUGUCCUAAAUCAGUUUCCUCAAGAACUGAACAUGGGAAAAAUAAGUGCUGAAAUUAUGUGGACCCUUUUUGCUCAAGAUAUGAAAUACGCACUAGAAGAACAUGAGAAGCAGCGGUUAUGCAAGAGCACCGAUUAUAUGAAUUUGCAUUUCAAAGUGAAAUGGUUUUAUAAUGAGUAUGUGCGGGAGCUUCCUGCCUUCAAGGAUGCCGUUCCUGAAUAUUCUUUGUGGUUUGAGCCUUUUGUCAUGCAGUGGCUGGAUGAAAAUGAAGAUGUGUCAAUGGAGUUCCUUCAUGGAGCACUAGGAAGAGACAAAAAAGACGGAUUCCAGCAGACAUCGGAUCAUGCCCUCUUCUCUUGUUCUGUGGUUGAUGUCUUCGCCCAGCUUAAUCAGAGCUUCGAGAUUAUUAAGAAACUGGAAUGCCCUAAUCCUGAAGCAUUAUCUCACUUAAUGAGAAGAUUUGCGAAGACUAUCAAUAAAGUACUGCUUCAGUAUGCUGCGAUCCUAUCAAGUGACUUCAGUUCAUAUUGUGAUAAGGAAAAUGUGCCCUGUAUAUUGAUGAACAAUAUUCAGCAACUGCGAGUCCAGCUGGAAAAAAUGUUUGAAUCCAUGGGAGGGAAAGAGCUAGAUCCUGAAGCUAGUACUAUUCUGAAAGAACUUCAGGUUAAACUCAGUGGGGUUCUGGAUGAGCUCAGCAUCACUUACGGUGAAAGUUUCCAGCUUAUCAUUGAAGAGUGUAUAAAACAGAUGAGUUUUGAACUAAACCAAAUGAGAACAAAUGGAAAUACUGCCUCAAAUAAGAACAGUGCAGCAAUGAAUGCAGAGAUUGUAUUAAGAACCCUCAUGGACUUCUUGGACAAAACAUUAAGUCUCUCAGCAAAAAUCUGUGAGAAAACAGUCCUGAAGCGAGUUCUAAAGGAGUUAUGGAAGCUAGUUCUUAACAAAAUAGAAAAACAAAUUGUCCUCCCUCCUCUGACAGAUCAAACAGGACCUCAGAUGAUUUUCAUCGCAGCUAAAGAUCUUGGACAAUUAUCCAAACUGAAGGAGCACAUGAUUCGGGAGGAUGCCAAGGGUCUGACACCAAGACAGUGUGCUAUAAUGGAGGUAGUCUUGGCUACCAUCAAGCAAUACUUUCAUGCGGGAGGAAAUGGCCUGAAAAAGAAUUUCUUGGAGAAAAGCCCAGAUCUUCAGUCUCUGAGAUAUGCUCUCAGUCUUUAUACCCAAACUACUGAUGCCUUGAUAAAGAAAUUCAUAGACACUCAGACCUCACAGAGUCGCCCCUCCAAAGAUUCAGUGGGUCAGAUAUCUGUGCAUGUGGACAUCACCGCAACCCCAGGAACUGGAGAGCAUAAAGUCACUGUAAAAGUGAUUGCUAUUAAUGACCUAAACUGGCAGACCACUGCAAUGUUCCGGCCCUUUGUGGAAGUCUGUAUACUGGGACCUAACCUUGGGGACAAGAAGAGAAAACAAGGCACAAAGACAAAAAGCAACACAUGGUCACCAAAGUACAAUGAAACAUUUCAAUUCAUUCUGGGUAAUGAAAACCGGCCAGGGGCCUACGAACUUCAUCUGUCAGUCAAAGAUUACUGCUUUGCCAGAGAAGAUCGAAUUAUCGGAAUGACGGUAAUUCAACUACAGAACAUAGCAGAAAAGGGAAGCUAUGGGGCAUGGUAUCCCCUUCUGAAAAAUGUCUCUAUGGAUGAAACUGGUUUGACUAUCCUUAGAAUACUCUCUCAGAGGACCAGCGAUGAUGUGGCUAAAGAAUUUGUAAGACUGAAAUCCGAAACCAGAUCAGCUGAAGAGAGUGCUUGAAACAAAUACUGCAAGAUAUCAUCUUUGAGAAUCCACAAACUCGGACUACUGCAUGCAUGUGCAAAUACAUGGGAAUGUUUAGUUCACUACGUUUCAGUGUUUGCCAGUACUCAAGUACAAUGUCUACAAAGUAUGUGGAAAACCUACUGAACUUUUAUACCAGUUCUGGUCUUUGGAAAAUAAAUGUUCCAUGAAGUGCCAAAAUUACAAUGUUAAGUGAAAAUCCAGAAUAUCUUUUAAAAUGUUUCAUUUCAUUACCAAUUUCUCAUCCUUUAAACAUACUAAAAAAAACAACAACAACAAAAAAAAAACAAACAAAAAAAUCUCAUUUUUUCAGUUUGUCCAUUGUCUUUUAUUAAAUGUGCUUAUAUUUCCCAUAGAUCAGAAAGCAUUUGUUACCAAAUUUUGUUUUAUUUAGACUUACCUCAUUGUAGAUGUCAUACAAGUUAACUUUUUCUAUCAUAACUAGAAAUACAGUCACUUCUAGAAAGUGUUUGUAAUUUUAUAGUUGCAGAUCUAUUGUGAUGAUUUUUGCAUACAAAUUAAAAUAGAAAAGGUGGGAAAUAUUUUAUGCCGACCAGUUUCCAACCUUUCUGAAAUAUCACUGUGAAGAAAAGCUAUUAAAGCAAACUUAUACAAAGCAAUGCUAAAUAGUUUGUUAACAAUGUUUGAUAUAUUGACAAAACUUUGUUCUUUUAAACUGCCAAGGUCACAUCACAUUUGUUUAAAAAAAAAAAAAGGUAAGUUGAUACAUUUACCAUCUAGCAUUAUGUCUUGGCUUUACCAAAUGUCAUUCUUUACAAAGUCAUAGGAUUAAGGGUUUAGAGAUGCAGUGGAAGGUUUGUUUCUUCAAAUUAUCUAUAAUAAUUAACUAUACUGUUAGUGUUUUGCCUCUGACAGUUAUGACUAUCUCCUUAUUUACUUAGCAUUCUACUCAAGUUACAUGUUUUCUUUAAAAAAAUAUUCAAUAAUUUAUACUGAAUGCAGCAUUCCUAUAUAUUGCACUGGAGCAAAAAGACACGUCUUCAUCUAUUUAGUGAAAAAUGUAAAAUAAGAUCUGAAGAAACUGCUUAUAAUUUUAUAAUUUAUGUUAUUUACAAGCCCAGAAUGCAUCAGAUACAAUAGGAAAACAACUCAAUACAGCUUGGUACAUUAAAAUAUAACUAGGUUGGAUUUUGAAUAUGAAAUAGUUUAUGAAUACUUGCAUUUUCUGUCUUUUUAUGGUUUGACUUUUUAGAGUCUGUAUCUAAAUACAUGGCGGUAGAACAGUUCCUGUAAUUGUAACUUCUGGUCAUAACUGUUAGUGGACAACAUACACAUGCAGAAACAAGAACCUGUUACAAUGAUUAUGUUUUGUGAACAAGCUGGUCUGCUAUGGUAAGGACAGAAAUGACUGGUAUCAUGACUCUCAGAACAUUUUGCUACUGGGUGUGUAAACAACAGACCAGUGAGAUCCACUAAUUCAUGUUAAAUUGUUAGACAAUUGCUUUGUUGAUGACUUCUCCAAAUGCAUAGUACAGUGCUGUCCUCUGGCAUAUGCAUUAAUAAAUGGAUGUAUAUGGAACACAUGCAA